GGGCUCUUCCAGCUUCUGCUGCUUCUGCAGAGUCACAGCGAGACGGCUGUCCAACAACGUGCAGGAAUGUUGACAUCCCCUACCCAUUCGGCAUCGGCCCCAACUGCUUCAUGGAGGGCUUCGAGCUGUAUUGCAACAAGACUGAAGCUGGCAUCGAGAAACCUUUUGUGUUCAAUGUCGAGGUCAUCAACAUCUCGGUGCAGCUGGGCCAAGCACGCUUGCUCAGUCCAGUAUCGUCGCAGUGUUACAAUACAAGCACCAAUUCGAGUGACUAUUACGUAUGGAGAAUGAAUUUUUAUGACACCCCAUACAGAUUUUCCGAUGUCCACAACAAGUUCACUAUCAUUGGCUGCAACACCCUUGCCUACAUAGGAAGCCCUCGAGACAACAACAGCUACGAGAGUGGUUGUGUGUCUGUGUGCCACAAUGAGGACAGCCUGGUUGAUGAUUCGUGCUCCGGCAUCGGCUGCUGCCAAACCUCCAUCCCGGAGAACCUCACACACUACAAUAUCCAGUUCGAUGCAAACUUCGACAGCUCAAGCAUCUGGGAGUUCAGCCCUUGCAGCUAUGCCAUACUGCUGGAGGCCAGUUGGUUCAAGUUCCACGAGACUUACAUCACCACCAACCAAUUGCGGAACAAGACAGAUGGCUGGGCACCGGUGGUGGUGGACUGGGCGAUCAGAAACGAGACAUGCGAGGUGGCAAUGCUCAACCAUAACUCUUACGCCUGCAUCAGUGCAAACAGUGUGUGCUUGAGCUCCACCAAUGGUCCUGGAUAUCUCUGUAAUUGUUCAAGUGGCUACCAAGGCAACCCCUAUAUCCACAAUGGAUGCCAAGACAUCGAUGAAUGUGACUAUAAUGAUAAAUAUCCUUGCCAUGGCAUCUGCACCAACACACCUGGUGGCUAUUACUGUUCCUGUCCGCAAGGCACACACGGCAAGGCUUCAAUUGCAGAGUGCACCCCAGACCAGAAACUUCCCUCAGCAGUGAAGGUGGUUAUAGGUAGUCUCUUCCACCUUCACUCUAGUUUGUCUUUGUCCAAUAUAUGUGUCAUCAUAUCCGGUGUCUAAAUCCAUAUUUUACAACUUUUUAUUGCAUCAAAUCCUUCUACUAUCUGCAAUUGAGGCUAGGCAUAUCAUUACCAUAGUCUUGUUCUAGCUUAUUUUCUAUUCUCUUGAUUAUUGAUUCUAUGAUCCACUCAAGAUGGUGUUCUAGUCAAUUCAGAAUUUCCAAUUGCAGAUACAGAACCAAAUGAUCUUCUUAUGAUUGCAGUAGUCUCUAUCUUUGUCUUUCUCCUAUAAGGUGUUUUGAAACAAGGAGUGCAGACCUUUGGCACUAAUCUCAUAGUAUAAAUCUUGCAUAUCCUU